UUCAGUAGCCCGGAGUAGCCAACAUCAGAACAUUUAGGUUCCACGAACAAAAAACUGCUUUGUCGUCAUAGUUUUAAAGCAAUUUACACACUGCUUAUGAGCACUGUCAAACGACCAGAUCGGUUUUUUUUUCGUCGGAAAAGAGCCUUUCAUUUAAGUUACCGUGCAAGUCUUGUGUUGUGUCUGUGCGAGGAGACCGUCGACGGAUUGUGCACAAUAAACAUUUUAAUCCAUCCGUUUAUUUCAUCUAGACCGUAGAUGCUUGAAAACAUCGCCUGAAUGGUCCUGAAGAGCGUAGAAGCCCACGCCAAAGUCCUCGUCAGCUAGAGGCAGUUCGACAUAUGACAAGGAGAAAGACAGAACGACUGAGACCAGCUCAUCGCGAAAAGGACAUGGGUCGGUAAAACCUUUGAUAUUAGGGUUUUGGUACUCGAUGUGACACAUCUGCAGAAAGGCUGAGUUAACAGUUGUGGAUUAUCUCUAAACUGCAUCAAAUCCGCAUCGUCCUAUGACCACAGAUGUGUUGUUUUGUAGAAGUAGGCUAUCAUGCUUAGGACGACCUCAUCAGAUAUGUUUUGUAGCCUGUCAAUUGAGACGCUUCAGACGAAUAUAGCAAGUUUCUCGUUAACGUGACCUUUUCAGAGACACUUUCAUUGGACAUUUCAACCUCGGCUGCAUGUUAGAAUAAACCCCACUUGUCUGAAAAUGAGGCAAGGUCGCAUGGCUACUGCUUAUUUUGAUAUCCAUAUGGGUGUUUUUUGAAAGUCUACCGGAGGGAUAUCAUUCUACCACUGGUUUUACCAUUUUAAAUCCAGAUUUCCAGUUUCUUUCAAAGCAGUUGACGGGGUUGUCUUGAAGAUAGCAGGUUAUUAAUUUUUAAUCUUUAUGCAUCCGCACGAAGAAGGAACAAGAAAGGAGAAAACGACGGAUAACCAGAAGGAAGGCAGAGUGAGACGAAAGGGAGGCAAGAAUGAGUGAGAUACACUAAGCAACGAAGGAAGGAGAUUGGAGGAAUCAAGGAUCGCCCUCCGAACGAGGGUGUGAGUGGAGGAGCUCCCUCCCAACGCCUGUACCUGCUGACCUCACCCGGCCCCUGCCGGCCCCGUCCCCGGCCCUCAGCCCAGCCACCAGCAUGGCGCUGGCAGUGUGGAUCCUCUGCACCUGCGUCAUCACCCUCAGCAACAUCGCCCCCUCCGCUCAAGCUCUGAGUCGGUCGGCGAUGCCCUUCGGCCUGAUGCGUCGGGAGCUGGCGUGCGAGGGCUACCCCAUCGAGCUGCGCUGCCCCGGAAGUGAUGUCAUCAUGAUCGAGACGGCCAACUACGGCCGCACGGACGACAAGAUCUGCGACGCGGACCCCUUCCAGAUGGAGAACGUCCAGUGUUACCUACCGGACGCCUUCAAGAUCAUGUCACAGAGGUGUAACAACCGCACCCAGUGUGUAGUGGUCGCAGGGUCCGACGUGUUUCCAGACCCCUGUCCUGGGACCUACAAGUACCUGGAGAUCCAGUAUGAGUGUGUCCCCUACAAAGUGGAUCAAAAAGUCUUUGUGUGCCCGGGCACUCUGCUGAGGGUUCAGGCAGCCAGCUCUCUGCAGGAGGCGGAGCACCAGUCGGGGGCGUGGUGCAAGGACCCCCUGCAGGCAGGCGACCGUCUCUAUGUCAUGCCCUGGACGCCCUACCGCACGGACAUGCUGUACGAGUACGCCUCCUGGGACGACUUCAAACAGACCCGCGCCACCACCACCUACAAGUUGCCGAACCGCGUCGACGGCACGGGCUUCGUGGUGUACGACGGCGCCGUGUUCUACAACAAGGAGCGCACGCGCAACAUCGUCAAGUACGACCUGCGCACGCGCAUCAAGAGCGGCGAGGCCAUCAUCGCCAACGCCAACUACCACGACACGUCGCCCUACCGCUGGGGGGGGAAGUCGGACAUCGACCUGGCGGUGGACGAGAACGGCCUGUGGGUCAUCUACGCCACCGAAUCCAACAACGGCCGACUGGUGGUCAGCCAGGUGAACCCCUACACCCUGCGCUUCGAGGGCACCUGGGAGACGAGCUUCGACAAGCGCCUGGCCUCCAACGCCUUCAUGGCGUGCGGCGUGCUGUACGCCGUGCGCUCCGUCUACCAGGACGACGACAGCGAGGCGGGCGGCGACCUGGUGCUCUACGCCUACAACACCAACCGCGCCCGCGAGGAGCCCGUCCACAUCCCCUUCCCUAACCCCUACCAGUACGUCUCGUCCGUGGACUACAACCCCCGGGACAACCAGCUGUACGUCUGGAACAACUACAACGUGCUGCGCUACCCGCUGGAGUUCGGACCCCCGGACCCCACCACCAGCCCUCUGACCACCACCCAGGUGUCCAGCACCACUCCGGCCAAGCCCUUAACCUCCAGCUCCAUCCCUGCCACCACCCGCCCACUGGCGCCCACCUCGCACCCCAUCAGCUCCAUCAACAAGGGGCCAGACCUGCGGCCAAUCACAGCCACCGUUCCGGUGACCCGUCGCCCUCCCAGGCCCCCGCAGGGCCCGGAGCCCCACGCGUGUGAGGCGCGCUUGGCCCGGGGCGUGCAGUGGCCUGCCACCCAGAAGGGAGAGACGGUGGACCGGCCGUGCCCUAAGGGGUCUCUCGGCAUCGCCUCCUUCCAGUGCUUGGCAGGGCCAGUCAUGUGGAACCCUCGGGGGCCUGACCUCAGUAACUGCACCUCCCCCUGGGUCAACCAGGUGUCCCAGAAGAUCAAGAGCGGUGAGAACGCAGCGAACAUAGCCGGGGAGCUGGUGAACCAUACGCGGGGGCGGAUCCAUGCCGGUGACGUCAGCUCGUCCGUCAGGCUGAUGGAACAGCUGCUGGACAUACUGGACGCCCAGCUCCAGGCGCUCCGCCCCGGCAACAAGGAGUCAGCGGCCCGCAACUACAAUAAGCUUCAGAAGAGAGAGAGAACCUGCCGGGCCUACGUACAGAGUCGCAUCCGCAGGAUGUGGAACGACACGGUUCGGAAGCAGACGGAAUCUUCCUUCAUGGCGGGAGACAUCAACAGCACCCCGACACUCAACCGCGCCACCAUGGGAAAUCAUCUCCUCACCAACCCAGUUCUGCAGACGCGUACCGGCACUUCUCCGUACAACACCCUGCUGGCAGAGAGCUUCACCCCUCCCUCUCCAGGGGUCUUCAACUCUACUGGAACCUUUCGUGAGCCAAAGAGCAACCUGUCCAAGGCCAGAGACCCCUGUGGUAUGGAGACCCUUCCCCUCAACGGCAACUUCAACAACAGCUACUCCCUGCGCAGUGUGGGUCCUGGGGGCGGGCCCGGGGGCAGCUGUGACUUCCUGGGCGGCGGCGUGGGCGGAGCCGACAGCCCCCCUCCCCUGCUCAACCCCCGAGGCUCGGAGACGCUGGGCGGGGGCGGCAUUCGACGCAACCUGUCGGACGCCGCGGCUUUCGAGAAGAUGAUCAUCUCUGAGCUGGUGCACAACAAUCUGCGAGGAGGCGGGGCCGGCGGCGGUGACCGGGGUUGUGGCAGCCUGGCGAGGGGGCGUCCCCACGGCGGCGUGGGACGGGGCGCGGGCGUAGCCGGGCCCGAGCCUUCGCUGACCCUGGACGAAGACCAGGACUUCCUGUCCAGAGAGGGGCGCCAGCGCACGCCGCAGGACGUGGAGCUGCUGUACAAGGCCUUGGAGGAGCCCCUGCUGCUCCAGCGCGCGCAGUCCGUCCUCUACCAGAGCGACCCGGAGGAGUCUGAGAGCUACACGGCCGACCUCACCGAGAGCCUCGGCCACAGCGGCCACAGCGCCGGGGGGGCACAGGGGGACGAAGGGCCACCCGACUCCCCGGCCCGGGACUCCCUGUACACGAGCAUCACCAACCUGCGAGACUCGCCCUACCCUGACAGCAGCCCGGAGCCCCUGGAGGUGGUGCCGCGCUCCGCACAGCCCCCAGAGGAGCUCUACUACAGCUCGGGCCGGCCCGCCCUGGGCACCAGAGGGGCCCCCAUGCAGACCUUCUACCAGGCCUCGCCCAGGAGGCCCAGCGGGGACGGGCCGCAGGGCCAGGACCCCUCCCACGCCGAGGGAGAUGGACAAAUGCAGCUGGUCACCAGCCUGUGACUGGAACCAGGAGGGUGGGGACAGAGGCAGGGCAGCAGAUGACGCAAUUAGGAGGACGGCCGUGGCCGCCUCCCACUCGCUCCUCUCCACUUCCUGCUUGUUCGGUUGCCUUUAUUUCUCUUUCUUUGUAUUUAUCGGGACGGAUGAGCGGACAAAGUCUACCGUCAGGGGGAGUUCGAGCUGUCUCCACGGCAACGGUCUCGUCCAUGACCCUAAACGCACCUCUCGGAGAAGAACGAUGCCU